ACCCAAGCCACAGAGCACCUUUGGGUCAAAGAGAAAGCUAAAGUCCUAACCGCAGCUAUUCUUCAUUCUCUCCCAUCUUAUCCCUAGCUUGGUCGCAACCGACAUCAAUGGCGCAAAUCAAGGCUGAUCCCAACAAAGUGUCAUGGGAGGAAUCGGAGUUUCCCAUUUUAUGUGAAACCUGCCUCGGCGACAACCCUUACUUACGCAUGACUAAACAAUCUCAGGCAAAGGAAUGUAAAGUCUGUACUCGACCAUUUACGGUCUUUCGGUGGUGUCCUGGCGUAGGCAUGCGCUUCAAAAAGACCGAGAUCUGCCAGACCUGUGCAAAGGUCAAGAACGUCUGCCAGACAUGUUUGUUGGAUCUGGAGUUUGGCCUUCCUGUUCAAGUUCGCGACACUGCUCUCGGGUUGGAGGACAAUGCACCUCGAUCAGAUGUCAAUAAGGAGUAUUUUGCACAAAAUAUGGACGCGCAUUUUCAAAGCAACGAGGAUGGGCUCGGGUCAAGUGGAUUCGGGAAAGCAGAGUCGGCAGGACGAGAGAUGUUGAAAAAGCUACAGAGGACGGAACCCUACUACAAGCGCAAUAGACAACACAUCUGCUCCUUCUUCGUUAAAGGAAACUGUACUCGUGGAGCAGAGUGUCCAUACCGCCACGAGAUGCCUCAGGAAGGAGAAUUGAAGCAUCAGAAUCUCAAGGACCGUUAUUACGGAACGAAUGACCCUGUGGCUCGCAAGAUCUUGACAGGAUCAAAAACUGGGGGUGCAGGGCGACAGUUUGCUCCACCAGAGGACAAGACCAUUACCUCACUGUUUAUCACUGGCGUCACUGAAGGCAUCAUGGAAGCGGAUCUCAAAGGAUUCUUUUAUGUCUUUGGGGAGAUCAAGUCAAUUGUGGUGGCUCACAAAUCCAAAUGCGCUUUUGUCAAUUUCACAACCAGAACGGGAGCAGAAUUGGCGUUCGAAAAAUCCGGAGGCGGUGUAAAUAUUCAAGGCGUCCCUCUGAGGGUUUCAUGGGCACGGUCAAGGCCUGUGGGCGCUAGAAGCGAACAAAAAGGAGAGACAGCACCAUCACCCACAACGAUCAUGGAUACUCUACAGGCUGGCCCACCUCCACCCCCCGGCAGCUCAUCCAGUUUUACGUAUCCAAGUCAAGACCCAACGUAUCAAGGAUCGACAAGCAAGCAUAGGUAGAAUGGUCAUACCGAGACCCUGGAACCUGCAUUAAGAUUUUCUUUGUAGGUCAUAUGCCUUGCUCCAGAUGUUUGGAUGAAAUGAAAUUGGGAAGCACUCGUUGAGCAAGGUCCUCCCAGAUAAUGUAUAGUACGUAUACAGCGCCUCCAACGAGCAUCUCAGAUUAUUAGGUAGAAAUGGUCGCCAUAACUGGGCCGUACAUAUCCAAAAAAAAAAAAAAAAAUUCGACGCG